AUGGCUUACAGCAUUGCCAAUCAGACCGAGACCCCCGAGGUCAACGAUGCCUUCGUUCUGCGUCCGGGCGGAGAAUUCUACUACGAGCAACGACCCGUACCGACGGCCGUCACAGGAAGGGAUGUCCUCAUAAGAGUCGUAGCUACCGGCAUCUGCGGGUCGGAUGUCCACUACUGGCAACACGGCCGGGUCGGACCCUACGAAGUCACGCAGCCCAUCGUCCUCGGCCACGAGUCGUCGGGCAUCGUCGUGGCCACGGGACCGGAGGUGGGCAGCGGGCUGGCCGUGGGCGACCGCGUGGCGCUGGAGCCAGGCAGCUCGUGCAACGUGUGCAGCUACUGCCGCGCUGGCCGCUACAACCUGUGCGCCUCGAUGCGCUUCGCCGCCACGCCGCCGCACGAUGGCACCCUCGCCACCUUCUACACGCUGCCCGAGGAGUGCUGCUUCCGCCUGCCCGCCGCCCUGUCGUUCGAGGAGGGCGCCCUGAUGGAGCCGCUGAGCGUCGCCGUCCACUGCAGCAAGCUGGCCGGCCUCGCGCCGGGCCUCUCCGUCCUCGUCUUCGGCGCCGGGCCCAUCGGCCUGCUGGUCUGCGCCGUCGCCAGGGCCUUUGGCGCCGCCGCCGUGGCCGUGGCCGACAUCAACGAGCCGAGGCUGGCCUUCGCCCGCGAGUAUGCCGGCGUCGAGACGGUGCUGAUACAGCCGGGCCAGACGGAUCUGGCAGCGAAGGUCGUGGCGCAGAUGGGGCUCGCCGAUGGCUUCGACGUCGUCAUCGAGGCCACGGGCGUCCAGUCGUGCAUCGGCGAGGGCGUGUCGGCACUGAAGCGCGGCGGCACCUUUGUGCAGGCCGGCUUGGGCUCGUCGCAGGUGCACUUCCCCAUCGGCCUGGUCUGCGACAAGGAGGUCAACUUCAAGGGAAGCUUCCGCUACGGGCCUGGCGACUACGCUCUUGCCAUCGAUCUCGUCCGCAGGGGCUCGGUCAGCGUGGCCGAGCUCAUCACGCACAGAUACUCGUUUUCCGAGGCCGAGAAGGCCUUUCAGGGCGUCAAGGCCGCCGAUGCUUCGAGCCGGUUAUGA